AUGAUCUUUGGAUUGGUCAAGGCCAUAAACUUUUCAGAAGACUAUUUCUCGACUAAUCUUCCAGCACUAAAAACUCCAGAAUUGCCAUCAUCAAUUCCUACCGAAGAUCCUAAUACAUUAAUUGGGGACUUAUCACCACAAUGUCAGGCUGCUUUUUUAAGCAUUAUCGUGAAUCCAGAAUUUUUUGAAUGUGUGCCAGUUGCAGCGUUAUUGCCACUUUUAACUGACCCAACUCUUCUCCCGAGUGUUUUAAAAGAUCCUAUCACAAACCUACCUAAAUUAUUGCCAAUAUUCGAUGCUACCUGUGCUCGUCCGAAAUGUAGUGAUAAAUUUGUGAAUAGUUCCCUUAGUACUUUAAAGACUGGCUGUUCUGAUUCUAAAGAUGCUA